GCCCAUUCCCUGCAUUACACCGCUGCACAUUUCCCAUAAUGCUGCUCAUAGGACAUCUGCAGCCUGCAAGAUGGCGCAAGCAAUAUUUGAGGCAUUUGAAGGGAUGGACAACCAGACAGUCCUAGCAGUUCAGUCCUUGCUGGAUGGUCAGGGUGGUGUAUCGGACCACACAGGCCAAAAUGUUAACAGUUCUGGAUCCAUUCAUGGACUUGAUGAGGAAGAUGUCUUUCUGUGCGGGAAGUGCAAAAAGCAGUUCAACUCUCUGCCAGCUUUCAUGAUUCACAAGCGAGAGCAGUGUCAUGGCAACGCACCAUCUCUGGCAUCUGUCUCCCUGGGCAGUCACAGUGUAUAUACCCCUCCGGUCAGUUCCGUGCAACAACCACAAGUUAACAGGCAGAUCUCUACUUAUAUUGCGGUUCCACCCUCACCGCUGAUCCAGACCCUGGUGCAAGGCAAUGUUUUGGUGAAUGAUGAGGUCCUACUUUCUGCAAUGUCUGCCCUUACCUCAUUGGACCAGUCCAUGCCACCAGCACCAGCCCCUGUGCAGAGUAACCUGAGCAUGCACAGUGGUGGCACCUAUCUCCAAGCACCUUCAUUGCCACACAGACCUCCCCAUGCACUGUCUCUGCCUGCAGUUUGUGCUCCAGGACAGAGCCUCAUGGGGAUUCCUGUCCAAGCAAACAGUAGUAGCUGCAGUACUGUAGUGCAAGUCUACAGCUCACCCAUCAGUAUGCCAGGUAACACAGGCAUGGAGAUUCAUGGUCUGGGCAUGGCACCCUACACCCAGAUAGAGGUUCCGAGCCAGUGUGUUGAAAGUACAGUAUAUAACACUCCCCCUAUAUACAGCCCUGGGAAACAGGGGCUUAAAUCAAAAACUACAAAUAGCUGUUCACCCUGUGCAAAUGUAAAUGGGAGCAGUAUGGGGGAGCUGGAACACACCAUCCCCAACAAGACGCGACGCCCAAAGACUGACAGUGGGCAGAAUGGAAAACUGAAAUCCCCCAAGCUGAAGUGUAGUUUCUGUGAUAAAGCCUUUGGGAAGAACUUUGAUCUCCAGCAGCACAUUAGGAGCCAUACCGGAGAGAAGCCUUUUCAGUGCAUUGUAUGUGGUCGUGCAUUUGCACAGAAGUCCAAUGUCAAAAAACACAUGCAGACGCACAAGGUAUGGCCAAGAGCCCCAAAUACCACCAACUCGCAAGGAUCCAUGACCUUACAGGUGGGAACGCACAACCCCUCACAGCCAGAAGAAGAUGCUGUUGAGAACGGAGUAUCCAGCCAGGUUUCACCUGAAGAUUCCUCUUCUCAGGACAUAGACACCGCGCAAAGUGGUUCAUGUGAUGGGUCUGAGGCUAAGCAGGGGGUCAUGAUUGACAGUUCCUAUCACUGCCAAUUCUGCAACAGCAAGUUCAAUAGCUAUUUCCAGCUCAAAUCACAUAUGACUCAACACAAACAGGAGCAGGUAUUCAAGUGUGUGGUCAAGGGCUGCACUCAUACAUCUCAGAAACUGGAACAGUUCCUAGAGCACAUCAAAACCCACCAGGAGGAGUUGACCUAUCGAUGCCACAUCUGCAACAAAGACUUUUCUUCUCUGUAUGAGAUGGGGGUCCACCAGUAUUCACAUAGCUUGUUGCCCCUGAUUGCCCCCAAGAAGGAAAUGGCUGUGUACAAGUGUUUGAAGUGCAUGAAUAAAUACUCUACCCCAGAGGCACUGGAGCAACAUCUACAGACAGCCACACACAGCUACCCAUGUCCACACUGCCAGAAGGUUUUUCCAUGUGAGAGAUAUUUAAGAAGACACUUGCCUACUCAUGGAGGAGGUGGGCGUUACAAGUGUCAGAUCUGUAAGAAAUUAUUCAGACGGGAGCACUACCUAAAACUUCACAGUCACAUCCAUUCAGGUGAAAAGCCAUUCCGAUGUACACUCUGUGAGUCUGCAUUUAAUCGCAAGGACAAACUGAAGAGGCACAUGCUUAUCCAUGAGCCCUACAAACCGUACAAGUGCCCCUUUGCGUCCCACACUGGCUGCAACAAGGAAUUUAAUCGUCCAGACAAACUAAAAGCUCAUGUCCUCUCACACUCAGGGAUGAAAAUGCACAAGUGCCAGUAUUGCUCAAAGUCAUUCAGUCGGAGGGCACAUAUGAUAGAACAUCAGAGAAGCCAUACAGGGAACUACAGAUUCAGCUGCCCCAACUGUGGCAAGGGCUUCACUCGUCAGAAAUAUUUGAAAGAACACAAGUGCCGACUACACCCAGAGACUGAGAAGGACCAGGUCAGAAAGGGUCAGAGAAAGCGAGGACGAGGGAAACAAGACGAAGAGGAGGGCUCGGAGAAAGAGGAGACAACAUUGACAGAAUUGAAGAGCACCAGAGAACAACUUAAUGAAACAAGUCCUGGGGAAGAGAGUUUUCAUCAAUCAGAUGCUGUGCUCUCUAUUGUCGUUGAUGGAGUUGGAGGCUCAAGAGAGAGCUUGGCGGUACCCUCCGGUUCAAACAGUACAACAUCCACUACUGUGACCCUAGCUGAGCUGCAGAAUGCCACAGACCCUUCGUGUUCUAUGCUGGCAGUGCCCAUAUAUAUACAGAGCCAAGAGUGAUUACAAUUCUUUUACUGAUUUUACUUUUUUAUAUAAACUGUAGUCGUGAAACUAUAAUAUUCCCCAACAGUUGUCAAUAAGGAAAGAAGAUUUACUAGAUGGGGGUGAAGGCACACACAAUCACAGCACUACUAAGCCUUUACUGUCGGCUAGUAAUCUUUUAUGAUGAAUAAUAGAUCUGCAUCUGCCAAAAGAAAUAUAAGGACAUCCACAAAGCUUCUAUAGUAAGGCAUUUACCAGCUAAACAAAAUCUGUUUGGAUUAUCCAAUCUUGCAAUUUAAUAACAAUGUAUAUAUGUAUAUACUGUACAUUCGCAAAUGUAUUUAUAUUUUUUUCACUCUACACGUUAUGUACAAUUUU